AUGAUCUCCCGUGUAUUCACCCGUUCAUUAGCAUCAAGUCGUGUAUUGGCUGCCGCUGCUCCCAAAAACUCCAAACCACCAAUUCAAUUGUUUGGUAUCGAUGGAACUUAUGCCAAUUCCUUAUAUUCAGCCACUAUUCAACAAUCAGACAUGAACCAAACUUACAACUCCUUAAAGAAAGUUGAAGAUGUCAUCAAGGGAGACCCAAAAUUGGAGGAAGCCUUGACCAACCCGGGCUUGACCAAGGACGAUAGAAUUUCCAUUGUCAAACAAGUCAACAACACUUUACAAUUGGACAACACCACCGCCAACUUCCUUUUGGUUCUUGCUGAAAAUAAUAGAUUGGGCAACUUCCCAUCCAUUUUCAAGAAAUUCGGUUUGUUGAAUGACGCUUACAAUGGGGUUGUUGAAGCUAAAGUCACCAGUGCUAAGCCAUUGGAAUCGAAAGUUUUAAAGAGAUUGGAAUCUUCCAUCGGCGGAAGCUCCUUUGUUGGGCAGGGCAAGACUUUGAAAUUGAAGAAUGAAGUUAACCCUGACAUAAAAGGUGGGUUGAUUGUUGAAGUUGGUGAUAGAAUUGUUGAUGUUUCAAUUGCAAACAAGGUUGCUAAAUUGAACCAAACUUUGAGAGAAAACUUGUAA